UUAUGCGUCACUUCAUCUCUCAGUCGCUGAUCAUGGCGGAGCUACAGCUACAGCAUGAAGUGGAGCCUCAACUUCUCAACGGGGACGACUUGAACGAGGAGAGAGAAGAUGCAGACGCCUCAGAAUCAGCAAAGAAAAAAAGAAGAAAGAAGAAGAGGAAUAAGACCACCGCAGCAGCAGGGACAAAUGAGGCUGAGGGGGACGGAGAAACCGGAGGUGUUGGUGAUGUGACAAAACAGUUGGAGCAGCAAACACUGGAGGACAAAGAGAGGGUUGAGGAUGGAGAAGAAGGUAUCUCCUUAUCACAACCACCACCACCAUCACCAUCGUCAUCAUCAUCAUCAUCAUCAUCAUCUGCAGCGGUGGUGGUGCGGGACUUGAAGUCCCUGAAAGUGCACUGUGAAAUUCAGCUGCUCAUAUCUGCAAUGUUAUAUUUGAUUUUCAGGAGCACCCUGGGAAUUGUGCCCAAGCUCCUGUCGAUAUUUCUCACUUUACAAACUGUAUUGAAACUAAUGAUGCUUUCAACAGAUGGGGAUGAAGGAGAGAACUCAGCUGGAAAAAAGAAGAAGAAGAAAAAGAAGAAGAAAGGAUUGAAGGGACAGACUGACCCUCCCUCAGUCCCUAUUUGUGAGCUCUAUCCCAACGGAGACUUUCCAAAGGGAGAGGAGUGUGAAUAUCCCCCAUCAAAAGACGGGCGCAGCGCAGCGUGGCGGACCACCAGCGAGGAGAAGCGGGCGCUCGACAGGGCCAACGAGGAGAUGUGGAGCGAUUUCAGGCAGGCAGCCGAGGCCCACCGGCAGGUCCGCUCUUAUGUCAAGAGCUGGAUCAAACCAGGAAUGACUAUGAUUGACAUCUGUGAGAAGCUGGAGGACUGCUCCAGGAGGCUCAUCAAAGAAAACGGGCUUAAGGCAGGUCUGGCCUUCCCCACCGGCUGCUCCAUCAACCACUGUGCUGCCCACUACACCCCGAACGCAGGAGACCCGACCGUACUGCGCUACGACGAUGUCUGCAAAAUUGACUUUGGAACGCACAUCAACGGUCGAAUAAUAGACUGUGCCUUCACCGUCACUUUCAAUCCAAAGUAUGACAGACUGCUGGAGGCUGUGAAGGAUGCGACCGACACUGGCAUCAGGUUUGCUGGAAUUGAUGUGCGUCUCUGUGAUGUUGGCGAGACCAUUCAGGAGGUCAUGGAGUCUUAUGAAGUGGAGAUAGAUGGGAAAACAUAUCAAGUGAAGCCAAUCAGGAAUCUCAAUGGCCACUCUAUUGGACCGUACAGGAUACACUCAGGGAAGACAGUCCCUAUUGUAAAAGGCGGAGAGGCCACAAGGAUGGAGGAAGGUGAAGCUUACGCCAUCGAGACAUUUGGCAGCACUGGAAGAGGUGCAGUCCACGAUGACAUGGAGUGCUCGCAUUACAUGAAAAACUUCAACGUUGGACACGUGCCAAUAAGACUUCCAAGGGCUAAACAUCUGCUGAAUGUGAUCAAUGAGAACUUUGGUACACUGGCAUUCUGCCGCCGCUGGCUGGACCGCCUGGGUGAGAGCAAGUACCUGAUGGCAUUGAAGAAUCUGUGUGACCUUGGCAUCAUAGACCCGUACCCACCUCUCUGCGACAUCAAGGGCAGCUACACCGCCCAGUAUGAGCACACCAUCCUACUCAGGCCCACCUGCAAGGAGGUAGUGAGCCGGGGAGACGACUACUAAAGCAUGCGCCAACAUUCAAGGCGAACCAGGAGCAUGCGACAGCUCAGAGACAACAAACCUCUUCAGACUGACAGCAAUUAUGCAAUAUUUCUCUAAACUAAAUUUCCACUGCUUCCGCACCUUUAGGUAAUUGUUUUAGCAAUGCAAAAGACUCGUGUCAUGGUGGUAGCUUACUAGCGUUUUUGUUUCCCCAAAGGAUCAAGCCAAUAGACAAAGGGCAUAUCUUUAAAAAAAACAUGUAGUAUUGUCAUAUUAGUCAUACUUUGAUGUGCUGCUUUUAGGAAAUAUGCAAAAGAGAUUUAUGCAAAAUAAUCGUGCAAAAAAAGGUUUAGGUGAGCACUCCGCCUGAACAUGCUUUGCUUUAUUGCCUUGUGAGGAAAAAAAAUACCUGCUUUGAAAUAUUUAUAUUUCUAUAUUUCUUUGCUUUAUUUUAAUUUGAGGCGGUUUUAUAAGAAAUAAAUUGUUAUAAAUCUUG